CCCCCCCCGCCCCAGUAACAACGCAGGCUGUUCACAGCACGAACUUGAAUCAUUUACUUUGAAACUGGUGCCUAAAGGAGUCACACCAUCUUGAACCUCUGAAGCAACCCUCCAACAGCCAGAAAAAGGAGACCCUGUGGGGUCUGGAUGCAAAUGUACCCCUGCGUCCUCUGGAGGCAGCAUUCUCUGAGGUCGCCUUGCAGUCCGGAGUGUCCUUCGAAGUGGUGGAUUGUGAUCCCUGAGGAUACCCUUGCUCUAAGACUUGGCCUGUGAUCCAGGGGGCAACCUCUGACCCCUGCCUGGGCAGAGCUUGGAAAUAUUGUCUGUCCGGGUCCUGUUCACUGACCUACAGUGCUGCUUUGACCAUUAGGCACUGGAGGAGAGGGCAGGGGAGAGUGCCAGGGAACCACAACCUCCCAUCCCCUGCUGAAUGUGAGAAAUGGCUUUCUUUCAUUGAUUCACAAGAUUGGAAAAUGCUAUGUUGAAAAGCUGUGCAGAGGUCAACUGGACCAUCUCCCUUAGCUCUCUUGAGGUUGUAGAUGAGCAAACAGACCUAGAGAGGCAAAGUGGUUAUCCCAAAGUCUUCCAGCUAAUUCCAGCAUUCAAAGACCUGGAGCGUACUUUGGAGAAUGUCCCCAUGCCUCACUUCCCAGGACUCAACUCUCAAACCCCAAAUCUGAUUUCCACUGUCCCAGAAAGACUUCCUGGAUUAUUGGAAGGUCUUUGUGAAGUCACACUGAACAUCUCACCAGACCCCUCCACAUUUGGGUCUAAGUGUGGGUGUUGGCAUUGCCCCACUACUUUAGAUUAUGCAGUGAAUCUGGAAGAUAGUUUUUGUAUUCUGAAUGACAGGUUAAGGAAGGCAGGACAGGGCCUUGAAAUCAGGUCUUGGUUCAAGGCCAGUGUCUGCCACUUCCUGUGAGAGGGGAAGAAAGGAGGAUUUGCCCCCUUUGCCUACAGGACCAUUUCUUCAGGCAGCAUUCGUAGAAACUAAUGUUCUAAAAGGAAGGUCUAUCAGAAGAGGUUAAGAAGCUACCAGAGUACCUCCAGCAGGGAGAGUGCAUUUGGUCGCAGCUCUGAUACUUGUUAGUGGUGUUACCAUGAACAUGUGACUUCUCUUCUCCCAGCCUCAGCUUUCUCAUCUAUAAAUGUGAACUCAUCUGUGGAAUCAGGUCUCACCCUUGAGAACUCUGGAGGCUUUCAGAAUGUGUCUGGAGAGAUCCUGGUAAAAAGUUUGGGACAAGGAGAGAAGCAGUUGCUGGAGACAACAGGAAGGCCUUUAUGAGGGAUGACAAGGUCUGUCCUGGGACUGGAGGAUAAACGCUUCCCUGAGGCUUCCCCCAUUCAGGACUCCAGCCUCUCGGUUCUUAUAAUACUUCUCAGAGGGGGCAGAUAUUCACUAAGGAUCCAAGAAACUGGAGGAUCAGCUCCGGAACCUUGAAGGAUAGCGGGAACCCAGGUUCUGGAUGCUCUGGGAGAAGCUCUGGGAAUGUCAGAGCACCCCAAGUAGGGAGCUGAUGUUGGAUGAAUCAUGCAGUGGUGACUUCAUUGGCAAUGGUGACCUCAUCCCUUUGGCCCAUAGAAGAACCCAGACUGACUGCCAGGAAUACUUAGAGUUCUGGUCUGAUUCCACCAGUGCGUAUGUGGACGGGUGGGGGCAUUAUCCUGGAUCCCCAGGUCAGCAUGUGGAUGAACUGACGGGUUAGCCGGCAGGACCAAAUAGAUGUCAACAGAAAGCUUACUUUCCAACAAGCAAAGAAGAUAAUACAGUGGUAAAAACAACAACAACAACAACAAAAGCCAGCUUUCACAUUUCAGGGAUUGCAGGGACAGGAAGCAACUUUGUUUCUAAGCAUCCGCAGACUCUGCUGGCUAUUCUCCCUUUGAAACUGCUAAUGUCGAAACACACAGGUCUGUGUGUGAACAGUGAAAUCUCUACUUAGCCUUCUCCUCGUUUCCCUCUACUUCCUCCUCUGCAUUGAUUCAUCCUGUAUUUCAUUUAACAAGCAUUUACUGAGGUCUACUAGAUGCCAGGCUUUAUUCCUGGACGCGGGACGAAGAGCUGGAAAGCCACAGUCUCUGGAGAGAGAGGAGGAAAACAAACAGAUGAGCAAACAGGAACAACCAUGGCUUUGAGUGAUGUCGAUGUGCAGAAGCAGAUUAAGCACAUGAUGGCUUUCAUUGAGCAGGAAGCCAAUGAGAAGGCCGAAGAAAUAGAUGCCAAGUCUGAGGAAGAGUUCAACAUUGAGAAAGGACAUCUUGUGCAAACCCAACGACUGAAGAUUAUGGAGUAUUACGAGAAGAAGGAGAAGCAGAUAGAGCAGCAGAAGAAGAUCCAGAUGUCUACCGUGAGGAAUCAGGCAAGGCUGAAAGUCCUGAGAGCCCGAGAUGACCUCAUCUCAGAGUUGCUGAAUGACGCAAAGCUGAGACUUAGUGGGAUUGUGGCAGAUCCAGCAAUCUACCAGGGGCUGCUGGAUAAGCUAGUGCUUCAGGGUCUGCUCCGACUGCUGGAGCCCGUGGCAAUUGUACGCUGCAGGCCACAGGACCUCCUCCUGGUGGAGGCUGCAGUGCAAAAAGCCAUCCCUGAAUACAUGAUGGUCUCCCACAAAUGUGUGGAAGUCCAAGUGGAUCAAGAGGUGCACCUGGCUGCCAACACAGCUGGAGGAGUGGAGGUCUACAGCGGCAGUCAGAGAAUAAAGGUUUCGAAUACCCUAGAAAGCCGACUGGAUCUCUUAGCCCAGCAAAAGAUGCCUGAUAUACGAAAGGCUUUGUUUGGAGCCAAUGCCAACAGAAAGUUUUUUAUAUAAGCCUCUGAGAAGGGAAACUCAUGUUGAAUUGUCCAGCCAUAAAAGCCUAAGUUAUUAGGGCAAAGGAAACUAGUAAUUUUUCCUCCUCUUUGCUGCUUUGAUAGGAUUCUAUGUACUUUCACGAAAUAGCCUUUGAAUGGCUAAAGGCAUUGUAUUUUGGAAUAAAACCUGAAAACGCUUAGAAAUCUACUUCUGAUUUAUCCACACAUACCGCAUCUUCUGGUCAAUUCAACAGUCUAGAUGGAAGGGAGUGAAGACAUCUGCUCUUUAGCUUGUCCUUCAGAUGAGAUGGGCAUGAUAUUAAUGGCUUGUGGGUCUGAGUGCUCUAAAGAUUGUCAAUAUUAUCUGAA